AUGAAAUGGCAAUUGGACCUGGAUUUUUUGGAAAGACGCCAGAAUGAUCCGAACAAUGAGAAUCAAGAGGCGCCGAGGAGCCCCAUUGAGAUCAGUCCCGAGUCAGUCGAUCGAGUUAAGGUCAUACUAUUGGGGGCACCGGCCGUUGGCAAAACCAGCAUAAUCCAACAAUUUGUGUGGAACGACUUCUGCGAGGAGUACAUCCCUACCGACCGCAAGCACACCUACUACCCUUCGGUAAUCACAAACGAUCGUUUAUACGAAAUCAAAAUCAGCGAUCUCCCCGUCAUCCCCUAUUUCCCCGUCAAUUCCUAUUACGAAUGGGCCAACUAUCGCUAUUACGGCCUUCGCAGCGCUACGGCCUACAUCCUCGUCUUCGAUCUCUCCAACUUGGAGACGUUCCAAUACAUUCGCACACUGCGCGAACAAAUCUCCGAAAGUCGGAAUAUGUCCAACGUUCCGCUCCUCGUCGUCGGCAACAAGCAGGACCUCAUCGCCGACGGCGAAGGCACUACUAAAACCCCGGCCGAUGAUAAGCGCAGAGAUAUCGCCAAUUUGGUCAAGAAACACUGGAAGUGUGGAUAUAUCGAGUGCAGUGCCAAGUAUAAUUGGAAAGUUGUGGCGGUUUUUCGCGAGUUGAUCAAUAUGAUCGAUAGUCUGGAUUCGAGGGAUCAGAGCCCGAUGCUGGAUAACAUCCAGGAUGCGCUGGAUAGGAAUAAGUGUGUGGUUAUUUAACGCGGGUAGUUUUCGUUCGUAUUCAGCAAUAAAUUAUGUACUUAGACAAUCGAAAGUUCUGACGAUAAAUUACGUAAUGUGGUUGUGAUUUUGUUAUGUGCCAAUUUUUAGUGCUGUAGACCCUUCAUUAUCGAGGAAUAAAGUCAUCAAGUUAUCACAA